UCCUAUUGGGCCUGGUCAAAAGCAGUGCUGUACUUAGGGAAUGCAGCCUAUGUCUGCUUGCAUCCAUUCAGUGUGUGGUACUGUGGAGUGGUGGGUGGAAAUAAAGUGACAGGACUGCAGUACUGUGAGAGUAGCUAAAGGGAUCAGGGCAGAACUCUAGGGGCUGGGAGAGACAUUUAAAAGGAAAGUAACCAUUUCAGUGCGGGGCUGAGCCUUUUUUCCCUGGGCUGUGACAUCUACAAAUCUAGCUUGUAAGUCAGUCUUCUAGGUACUGGGAGACGUACAUUUAUAUUCCCCCAGAUUUUCCUCAUUGUGUUAUUUGGAUUAUGCCUGUCUGGGUUUAUCACGUCACUGGACCUGGAUGCAGGAUCUAGUCAGCCCAGCAUUGCAGCAACUGAAAUGGUUUUGAUCCGUUUAACCCAAAGGGCUUAUUUCCUCCCUUUCCUGUUCCUUUUUAUUUGAAAGGCACAGAUGAGCAGAGCGGCUGAAGCGAGAGGCCGUCGGUCCGUUACAUGUUGAGCACAGGGACCAGAAGCCAUCUUCAGUGCAGCAUAGGCGUCCUGAAAUAGAGGUCUAGGAGGAGAGCCUGUGUUGUGUGGCAGAGCUGUGGCAUGCCCUGCUCAGUGCCGAGCACUAGCAUGGCCGUGAUACAGGCAAAGAAACCGAGGGAGACCCCGAGCAAGGGGAACGCACCACAAGAAGAUAGGAAGAGUCUUUGUACCAGAGAUAAUCAGGACAACCAGAAGGACUGCAGAGCUGGGAGACAGGGAGAAAAAGGAACUGAAGAGAGAUCCAGUAAUUCAGAGAAGAGGAGAGCAGUUGUAUAUUCCCCAGCCUCGAUCAAAUCAACUCUGAUCAGUACCAACAGAACCAGCCAUGGAAAUCCAACAGCGCCAGGAGGGCCACAGGCGCUGAAGGUUGAUGACAGACUUAGAUUAGCAAAGGAGCGAAGGGAGGAGCAUGAGAAACAGCUUGUGUCCAGGGAGCUGGGCUGGUUGGCUCGAGAGGAGAGGGCCAGACGUCUCUAUGAGCAGAAGCUAGAGGAAAGGAAGAGGAGGCUCCAGGAGCAGAGAGAGAAGGAGGAGAAGAGGAGGACUGCUCUGCAGCGGAGGGAGGAGCAAAUAAAACAACUUGUUUCCAGAGAACGUGGUCGGUUGGCUCGAGAGGAGCGGGCCAUGCGUCACUAUGAGCAGCUGCUGGAGGAGAGGAAGAAGAGGCUGCAGGAACAGAGAGAAAAGGAGGCAAGGAGGCGCACUGCCGUGGAGGAGAAGAGGAAGCUGAGGAUGAAGGAGGAGACAGAGCGCUAUGAGUUGGUGAUGAAGAAGACCUUGGAGCAGAGCCACAGGCCCAAACAAAGACUCAGUCAAGGCCAUGGAGGGAAGAAAACCAACAACAAGAGGGCUCCUCGCCGCUCUCCCCUGACCGCUUGGGAGAAGGCUCUGGUCAGUCGCCUCCUCAUUCCCACUUGCUCAUACCUUGCCAGGAGCAGGAGCAGAAGUAAGAGUGGUCAGUCAAUAGAAGAAGUUGUCCAUGUCUGUCCCCGUUCAGUUUCAUGCCACUCCAUGCCUGCCACUGCCUCCAACUCUCACAAAUCACCACACCGCUACGGCACACCAGACCACCACCGAGCACAGGCAGACCUCCGUGAGGACAACCGGCCAGUCAUCCAGACAAACUACCAGGUAGCCGCCUCUCGCAGUCUGGGCCGCACAAGCCACAGGUCCGUCAACGUGGCCCAGCUUAAAGCAGCACAUGAAAAGGAGAAUGAGAGAGUGGCCAUGAGAACUAGACAACAGCCCCAGACACCCAAUGGUGGCGUGAAAGCAUUACCCACAAACCCAGAGAGCAGAGCUGCAACUCACUUCACAGAACGUAGACCUGUGAUCAGACUUAAAUCUGGGAUCAGACAGCUCCCAUCACAGCAGAUGGAAACGGAACUGGAUCCAGUACCAGAGGAGGAUGCUCUUCCAGUCCCCAACUCUGCCCUCUCCCCUGGGAACUCACGUCCUAUCAGGACCUUGGCAGCGGCAUGGGACCAGAUUCAAGCCUUCCAACACUCACCAGAACCUCAGACCAUCACUACACCUACAACUGGAGACCGUGCAGCCCAUCCUGAAACCCCGUCCGUGAAUAGGCCCUCUGCCGGUACUAUGGACCCGGAAGAGGCCUCACGUCUCCUGGCCGAGAAGAGGAGAGAGGCCCGUUUGAUGAGGGAGAAAGAGGAGGCGGAGAACUUGCGCAGGGCGGAAGUAGAAAGGCGAGGCAGAGAGGAGUUGGAGCACAGGAGGGCAGAGGAGCGGGCUCGGCUAGAGGCUGAGGCCCUGGGGCUGAUACAGGAGAGGAAGCGGAAGGAGGAGGAGGAGAGGGUCCGAGCUGAGGAGGAGAGAUCCCUCAAAGCCAAGCAUGAAGCAGCUGUCCUUGAGAAACAGAGAGAGCAAGAGGAGGCCCACGCCAGGGAGAAGGCAGAACAGCAGAGGCUGGAGAGAGAGAAGCACUUCCAGAAGGAAGAAGAACAACGUCAGGAGAGGAAAAAGCGACUGGAGUUGAUCAUGAGGAGGACCAGGAAGCCUUCAGCUGAAGAUAAAGAACCUGUUUUGAAUGGGAAUUCAACCGAGGAACCACAUCCUAAGGAGAACACCAAGCCUGUGAGGAAAAGCAACAGCUGUUUGGAAGAGGUCAUCAACCUAGGAGUCGUGACGGGGACCAAGCCAUCCAAGCUAGGUCUGAAUGAAGUGGAAGAAAACAUGGUUCCAGUUGUGGCCUUCAAAGAACGCAGGUACAGGUCCCUGAGAACACUGACAGGCAUGGAGGAGAUCCAAGCCCAUCAGCGAGCAGAAGUUAUCUGAGUAUCGUAAAGAUCAGAGGGGGAGACAACCCAUCCAAGAAUCUUUCCACAGCUGUGGUGCUUUCGCCUUUUCCCCUCCAAAAACAAGGAAUAACCGCAGCCUUUCUCCUGCCCUGCACUUUGAGAGCAUGUGAUCGGGAGGAAAAAUCCACACACACACACCUCUUCCCUGGAGGACUUCCAGAGGUCAACACCAUUCGGUCACAUUAUCUUUUCUAUCCAAAGUGGCACGAGCCCGCAUGAGGUGUCACUAUCUACAUCCUGUAACAGUAGACAGAGGAUUUUGCUUUGUUCAUAGACCAAACAGCUUAUUUAGUCUGAAAAUGAGGCUCACGCCCCAACGCAGUAGAUUCAAGCUUGAUGAAAUGAGUUUGCUGUGGGAAUCGGAUACGGCAGUGUUCUGUGUAUUCUCUACACAUUUCAACUGUACAACUGUAUUGGCACUGGAGGUUUUUAGCUGCGUACAGCACCCCUAAGCAUUUCCUAACUCUGCUGCUAUGUGAGCACUUUGCCUUCGAGUUGGUCGUUGUGUGUUGAAACCUGUGUGGCUAGUUUCAGAGCAGACGCUUUAGUUUCAAGACCAAAUCAUGUCUUACUUUCCCAUUUUCUUGUGGAAUAUUGUCUAAUUAUAUUUUUAAAGGCUGCUAUGGAACUUAUUUCCAGUAUAGUUAUUGUACCUUACUGUAUGGUUUAUAGUUUUAGAGUACUAUACACUGGUGUGGACCACAUGCAAAGUAUUUUAGCAGUUCCUUAUUGAUAACUGUGCAAUCAUUUUAGAAAACCAAUUAUAAAAGUGUCUGAAAUGUGUAAUGUAAGCCUGUUUAUUAAAAAUGUACAAAAAGU